CUAUUCUUAGACUGUGCACCAUUCGCCAACUCCUUCAUCACAAACCACAACAAACCACACACCAUGACGAAAACGAAGGAAAAUAAAGAAAGCAAACCGAGAAGGAGAAGCCAAGGAUAUGAAAAGAAUCCCCUUAGAGGGAGAGAGCGAGAAAUUUCCAUCCUUCCGGACAGCGGUCCGUUCUUUCCCGGAGGUGUCGGAUUUCCGGCUGAGCAAUGGCCGCUGUUCGCCUUCUCCAGUUAUCAUCCACCUCAUUCUUCAACGGUUUCAGCGUUUUCCUUUUUUCUAUUCUCCUCUUUGUCACUUCCCUUCCAAUGGUUUUCUCCAUGCCCGACGCCGACGCUCUUCUCAAGCUCAAGGAAUCCUUCCAGAAUGCAGACGGCCUUGACUCUUGGUCCUCUGGUUCUACCCCUUGUUCGGAGGAAAAUCCCUGGACCGGCGUCGUCUGCGUCAAGGGCAUCAUCACCGGCCUUCGCCUUGGCCGAAUGGGUCUCUCCGGGAAGAUCGACAUCGACGCCCUCAGCGAGAUUCCCGGAAUUCGUAGUCUCAGCUUCCUCAAUAAUGACUUCACUGGCCCCAUCCCGGAGUUCAAUCGCCUCGGUGCUCUUAAGGCUAUCUUCUUGUCCGGCAACAGGUUUUCCGGAGAUAUCCCAUCUGAUUUCUUCUCCACGAUGGGGUCUUUGAAGAAGAUCUGGCUUUCCCAGAAUGCAUUCACAGGGGAAAUCCCAUCCUCCCUGGCCUCUGUUCCUCAUCCCAUUGAGAUUCAUCUCGAGGACAAUCGAUUCUCAGGCAAGAUCCCACCCAUCGAACAGACAAGUCUGAAAUCCUUCAAUGCCUCCAACAACAGAUUGGAAGGGGAAAUCCCUGAGUCCCUAUCGAAAUUCGACGAGAGCUGUUUUGCAGGGAACAAUGAUCUCUGUGGUACACAAGUGGGCAAGGUUUGUGGUGCCCAGCCAAAGCCAGCGGCAACGGAUAACGCCACACCAGCAACGACUGAGGAGGCUCCAAAGGUGCCGCACUCGUCAUCCGGCAACAAUGUGGCUGUCGCCGUAGGUACAUUGGCUGUGGUGAUCCUUUUACUGGUGGUGGCGGCCAUAGUGGUGGGAAGACGAAGGGAGGAGGAGUUCGACGUGUUGGGUAGGGAGAACCUGGAUGAAGCCGUGGAAUUGCACGUCGCAUCGUCGGGCUCCAGCCGAAAAGCUAUGGGAUCUGGCCGUAAGGCUUCCGUGUCCAGCAGAAGAGGAUCACAAAACGGAAAGGGCGGAAAUGGGAUGGGAGAUUUGGUGGUGGUGAACAAUACGAAGGGUGUAUUUGGGCUCCCUGACUUGAUGAAGGCAGCGGCCGAGGUCUUGGGAAAUGGCGGAUUGGGGUCUUCCUAUAAGGCAGUCAUGGCCAACGGGGUAGCCGUGGUGGUGAAGAGAAUGAGAGACAUUAAUAGGCUUGGAAAAGAUGGUUUCGAUCAGGAGAUCAAGCGACUCGGGAGACUAAGGCAUCCUAACAUCUUGACGCCAUUGGCUUACCAUUUUCGCAAAGAUGAGAAGCUUUUGGUAUACGAAUACAUUCCGAAAGGAAGCUUGUUGUAUCUCUUGCAUGGUGAUCGUGGACCUUGUCAUGCGGAGCUCGACUGGCCAGCCCGUCUAAAGAUUGUGCAAGGAAUUGCGAGAGGGAUGGGUUAUCUCCACAGCCAACUGGGUUCGCUGGAGCUUCCACACGGCAAUCUCAAGUCAAGUAAUGUGUUGCUUGGCCAAGAUUAUCAGCCAUUGCUUGCAGAUUAUGGCUAUUGCUCGCUGGUGAGCCCGACCCAAGCCGCCCAAGCCAUGUUCGCGUACAAGACACCCGAGUCUUUACAAUACCGUCUUGUGUCCACCAAAUGUGACGUCUACUGCCUUGGAAUCAUAAUCCUCGAGAUACUCACCGGCAAAUUCCCUUCUCAAUAUCUAAACCACGGUAAGGGUGGCACCGACGUCGUCCAGUGGGUUCAAACAGCGAUGUUGGAGAAGAGAGAAACCGAGUUGUUCGAUCCUGAGAUUGCAGGCUCCAGGAACUCUCUCGGGGAGAUGGAACGGCUACUCCACAUCGGUGCGGCCUGCACAGAGCAGAGUCCUGAACAGCGACUUGACAUGAAAGAAGCCAUUAGGAGGAUAGAAGAGAUACAUGUGGAAGGAGGAGGUCAGGACGGUGGUGAUAGAGUGAUUCAAAUGGCUCCAUCUUUGAGAGAUGGAUAUGCUGAUCAGUCUUCCCACGCAAUGAAUGUGCGUGAGGUUUAUGGUGAUCAGGUCUCAACAAGGCGAUCUGGCCAGGACUAUGGAGAUCGAACAGGGCGAGGCAAUGGUGAUAGCUUCGCCUUUGCCAUUUCAUAACUCUCAUUGCUGCCGCAUAAUGAGACAUCAUGGAAUUUCUAAUUGUAAAAUCAAAUAGACCAAGAAAAAAAAAUCUAAUCUUUUCUUUAUAUUGCUCUGUAAUUUUUGUGCAAUGCCCCCCACACACAAAAAAAAGUUGAGUUCUUGGGGGCAAAAAACCUUUUGUGCCUUUUUCGAUUUGAUGAUUGAUGAUAACUUGGGAAAGGAGGGGUUAGUGAUCAUAGUUCAUCAAUGGCUGAUAACCCAAGAACUGUAACAUAUGAGGGAGUUGGUUUAAGUUUAACCCUCCUACCUAUGAUGAAAAAACUAAAUGUGGCUAAAGAAACCUAUAAGCAGAAACUGGGAAAAAGAGGCAAUUGUGCUUGUUAAAACAAGUGUUUUGUUUGAGCAUCUUUGUAUUUAGACCAAAAUUAGAUUGCUAGGCUAAGGUUAACAAAGAGAGUUUGGGAUUGAGGGUUUGUUGUUACAUGGUGGAGGUGAAAGAGGUAUUAUGGAUGGUGCCUAAUUGUUUA